CAAAAUAAAAGAAUAAGAUUAAGUGAUAUAUACGUGGCAAAUCGUGUCAAAUGUUUCUCUUCCCGACAGUUCCUACGGAAAUCUCACACUCAAACUGAUGUUUUGGAUUUGUUUCAAGUGACACUGUUCAGAUUCUACUCUCCAAAUUUCAUCGCUUUCAUGGCGAAGCAGAAACUGGGAUACACUUUUUUGGUGUACUCGGUGAUUCUCUUCUUCUUUGCUUCCUCUGUUUCGGCUUCAGCGAGAGUUGCGCCACUUUUGCAGAGCUAUGGGAACCCAAUUUUCGGAUCAAACUUUCAUUCUGUUUACGACACUUCCAUGUACGGUGUGUUUCAGCUGAGUAAUGGAUUGGCUAAAACGCCUCAGAUGGGAUGGAAUAGCUGGAAUUUCUUUGCAUGCAAUAUCAGUGAAAAGGUCAUUAAGGAAACGGCUGAUGCACUGGUAUCAACCGGAUUGGCUGAUUUAGGUUAUGUAUAUGUCAAUAUAGAUGAUUGCUGGUCUGCUGUGACAAGAAAUCUUAAGGGUCAACUUGUUCCUGAUCCUAAGACAUUUCCAUCUGGAAUCAAAGCUCUUGCAGAUUAUGUCCAUGGAAAGGGACUCAAGCUUGGCAUAUAUUCAGAUGCUGGGAUGUUUACAUGUCAAGUCCGGCCAGGAUCGAUUUUCCAUGAAACUGAUGAUGCAGAUUUAUUUGCCUCUUGGGGUGUAGACUAUUUGAAGUAUGACAACUGUUACAACCUGGGUAUCCCUCCAAAAGAACGUUAUCCUCCUAUGCGUGAUGCUCUCAAUGCAACUGGACGCAAAAUUUUCUACUCACUCUGUGAAUGGGGAGUUGAUAACCCUGCCUUGUGGGCAGACAAGGUAGGCAACAGCUGGCGCACAACCGACGACAUCAAUGAUUCGUGGGCAAGCAUGACAACCAUUGCCGAUCUUAACGAUAAGUGGGCUGCAUAUGCUGGUCCUGGGGGAUGGAAUGACCCAGAUAUGUUGGAAGUUGGAAAUGGUGGCAUGACUUACCAGGAAUACCGAGCUCAUUUCAGCAUUUGGGCUUUAGCGAAGGCACCGCUAUUGAUCGGGUGUGAUGUCAGAAAUUUGACUGCUGAAACACUUGAGAUUUUAAGCAAUGAAGAAGUCAUUGCCAUUAAUCAAGACUCACUUGGAGUCCAGGGAAGGAAAGUUCAAGCUUCUGGUGUAGAUGGUUGCAGACAGGUUUGGGCAGGUCCUCUAUCAGGAAAUCGAUUGGUUGUUGCUCUCUGGAAUCGGUGCUCAAAAGUUGCCACGAUAACAGCUUCAUGGGAAGCACUUGGGCUUGAAUCUGGCAUUCAUGUUUCCGUGAGGGAUCUGUGGCAGCACAAGUUAGUAGCUGAAGAUGCAGUGUCAUCGUUCAGUGCUGGAGUUGAUAUCCACGACUGUAAACUCUACAUUUUCACUCCAUUUACAGUAUCUCACUCUGCAGAGAUGGUCUGGUCCCUGCUCAUUCAUCAUGUCUACACAAUUUCUGUCCUAAAAGUUCCCUUGAAUGGAUUUUAUAUAUUUCAGAAACUAUGAUCGAAGUUUCUAUUAAAACUGUUAUUAAUGAUUUUGUAUUUUAGUUUUCAAUGUGAA